UUCUCUUUCACCCAAACUCUACUACCCUUCUUCCUUACUUCCUUUGCGGCCAUCUCCUUCUCCAUCCAUUCAGACUUUAACAAGCCAUGGAUGUCUUCUCGCCAUCACAGGUCUACUAUGACAGAGCAUGUGCUUCCUCUCCAGACAGCCUGGAUUUCGGCCCAGGCAUGGAGCUUGCUGGCUCCGAGGAGGACGAGCACGUCAGGGUUCCAGGAGCCCCCCACCAGCCAGGACAUUGCCUCCAGUGGGCCUGUAAGGCCUGCAAGCGCAAGUCGAGCUUUGUGGAUCGCAGACGGGCUGCCACCAUGCGCGAGCGCCGGCGGCUGAAGAAGGUGAACCACGCUUUUGAGGCUUUGAGGCGUUGCACUUCGGCCAACCCCAGCCAGCGCCUGCCCAAGGUGGAGAUCCUGCGCAACGCCAUCCAGUACAUCGAGAGCCUGCAGGAGCUGCUACGAGAACAGGUGGAAAACUUUUAUGGCCUACCUGGAGAGAGCAGCUCUGAGCCUGGAAGCCCGCUGUCUAGCUGCUCUGAUGGCAUGGCUGACAGCAACAGUCCAGUGUGGCAACAGCUGAAUGCAAACUACAGCAACGGCUAUUCAUAUGCAAAGAACAAUAGCGUGGAUGAUAAAGCAGCCGGAGCGUCCAGUCUGGAGUGUCUGUCCAGUAUCGUGGACCGCCUGUCCUCGGUGGAGUCCAGUAGCUGUGGGCCGGCUGGCCUUAGAAACACAUCCAGCUUCUCCCCCGGCAGCUCUGACUCUCAGCCCUGCACACCGGAGAGCCCCGGAUCCAGGCCCGUCUACCAUGUCCUGUGAAGCAAACCUUGCUUUGAUGUGAAUAUAUAUUGCCUCAGGCGGGCGCCGUGCUUUUACCCAACACCAGCUGCAUUUGCAACCAAAAGCAAUAAGAACUAGUUUUGGGCAAGUGGGAGGAAAACCCAGCAGAACCUGAGGGACGCGCGGCGGCCAGCUUUUGUACUGUACAUGAGAUUGUAAAUAUGUAAUGUAAAUGCCCAUUUAUUCUAUACUUUCUAUUAUCCCCACUGAGACAUAUUUAAUUAUAACAGCUGUUGUAAUGUUGCAUUAUUCAAAAAAGAAAUGGUAUUUAAGCAGUUCAGUUCAGGUGAGUGUGAGUUUUAGCAGGUUUUGUCCUGUUAAAAGGGAGUUUUUUUUAUCCCCACUUUUUUCUUUUUUUAAUUAUUCUUUUUUUUUUAUUGUAAAGUGUCAUGAAAUGACUAAUGUUGCUUUUAUUGGCACUAUAUGUACAUGAAUAAAAAGUGAACUGAAUUGAAGGAGUGUUGUGCUACACUGUUACAUCCCCUCUUUUGUUCUUUGUUCUUUUUUCUACUUUUUUUGCAUUUAGAAACCAGUUUUUUUCUAGUUAAUCAGAUGCUACGCUGAAAUUUUGGAGACCAAAAAAUAAAAUGUUUGCAAAAAAAAGUUGAAAAUCCUAAUUAGCAUGAAUUUCACUCAGUUUAAUAGAGCUUUUCAGCAAAAGUUAAUUAAUUAUGAACAGUUCAUGCUGAAAGCGACUGCUGCCAUUUCAGUUUUUAUCUUUUGAUCUCUUUGGCUUUUUGAAGAUUUAAAAAAAUAUUGUUUCUAGAACAGGUAAAUUUUUCCUUACGAUGGCAGAUUUAUAUUCAUUUGCAGAAUCAUGGUCAGGAGUCUAAAAAACUGUCAAAAUAAAAGGCCUAGUUAUUUAUUAUGUGCCUCACACGUGGUGUGUCCCAGACGUCUUGGAGUUUUCUUCAGCUAACAAGGUGUCAGGAUCACUGAUAGAGGUCAUCUGAUAUCGUUUAUCAUUUUUACCCUGCUAUAAUCAUUCAUGUCGCCUGUUUGCUGAUGAGGCAGUACAGCAGUGUAAAAGCCAAAUUUGUGGUGUCUUUCCUGGAUCACAGAAAUGAUUCAAUGAAAAGAGACAACUGUGUAAA